AAAAAUUAACACUGCGCACGCACUCACCGGAACUAGAAUACGAUUUUUGGAAUCGGAAAAAUGACAGAAAUGUUUUUAUUUUAAAUUUGAAGAAAUACUAUGUAGAUAAAGAAGAAUAAUGGAUUUUAACCGACAAGUGGAUUCAGGCAUCCUCCGUCGUAACCCACAGGAUGAUUUUGAGCUUAUCCAGCGUGUGGGGAGCGGAACUUACGGCGAUGUUUAUAAGGCAAGAAAUCUCAAUACAGAUGAUUUAGCAGCAAUUAAGAUGAUAAAAUUAGAACCAGGGGACGAUUUUGCAAUUAUACAGCAAGAAAUUGUUAUGAUGAAAGAUUGCAAACAUAAAAAUAUUGUGGCUUAUUUUGGGAGCUAUUUAAGGAGAGAAAAGUUAUGGAUUGCAAUGGAGUAUUGUGGAGGUGGAUCUAUGCAGGAUAUUUAUCACAUCACUGGUCCACUGAACGAGUCACAGAUAGCUUUUCUAUGUAGAGAGACAUUACAAGGAUUGGGAUAUCUUCAUAGCAAGGGUAAAAUGCACAGAGAUAUAAAGGGUGCUAAUAUACUGUUAACAGAUGAUGGUGAAAUCAAAUUAGCUGAUUUUGGUGUGUCAGCACAGAUAACAGUGACCAUGUGUAAAAGAAAGUCUUUCAUUGGUACGCCAUACUGGAUGGCCCCAGAGGUAGCAGCAGUAGAAAGGAAGGGAGGCUACAAUCAACAGUGUGAUAUAUGGGCAGUGGGCAUUACAGCAAUAGAGUUUGCAGAAUUACAACCUCCAAUGUUUGAUCUUCAUCCAAUGAGAGCAUUGUUUCUUAUGUCUAAAAGUGGAUUUAAACCCCCAACACUCAAAGAUAAAACCAAAUGGUCCCCAGUCUUUCAUCAUUUUAUUAAAGUAGCUUUAACUAAAAAUCCCAAGAAGAGACCCACAGCUGAUAAACUUUUAGAGCAUCCAUUUUUCCAAGCAGACCUAAGUCGGAGGGUGACUAAAGAAUUAUUAGAUAAAUCACGGAAUCCUACAAAUACAUUUGAGAUUGGAGAAGAUGAUGAAGGGGUAUUGAAUGUUCCACAGAGAAUACCUUCAAAUAAAACACCUGGUAAUGUUGCUGCUAGAAACAGUCUUGAAUUGAAAGUUAAUAUAUCACCAUCUUCAUCAGGUUUGGGUCCUGAUCAGUAUGACAAAGCAAGACAGAACUGGGAUAAUGAAGAUGGGGAAGAUCGAUACAAUACUGCCCAGCCAGACUGGCCAGACCAGAAGGGACUGUUGGAAUCUGUUGGUGAGGAACUGUGGAACAGGGGUCAUGAUGGUAACUUCAUCUUUAAUAAUGAUGAAAAUGUGCCAGUAUCACAACAAUCUACCUUGCAAGUUAAACCUCCACCACUGCCACCUAAGCCAAACAUUAAUGAGGGUUAUCAAGACACUGACCAAGAUGAAGAUGAUGAAGUAGAUGAAGGUCCAGAUCGUAAGUCAUUAGAGGAUGGUACAAAGACCUUAAUUCCUAACACACAACUACAAACAGAAAUGGACGACAGACCUCCAGACCUGCCACCUAAACAGAGCAGACGUUAUCCUAAUGGUGCUAUUCCUGGGGUGGGAAAUGGAAGUGCUGUAUCAACGGAAGAAGUACCACCUGUAUUACCAAGAAGGAAGAAAGAACAGGAUAAGACAGCAUCUGGUCGACCUGUCAGCAACGGUCUCCCUCCUACACCUAAAGUACAUAUGGGAGCCUGUUUUUCCAAAGUGUUCAAUGGAUGUCCUCUCCGUAUAAACUGUACAGCAAGCUGGGUACAUCCUGAUACAAGAGAUCAGUAUCUAUUACUUGGUGCUAAUGAAGGCCUGUACACAUUAAACCUGAAUGAGAUUCACGAAUCAUCACUAGAAUUGCUACAUCCCAGGAAAUGUAUGUGGGUUUAUGUGAUAAAAGAUAUCUUGAUGACAAUAUCAGGUAAAACCCCUCACCUGUGGAGACAUGAUUUGAUGAUGAUACAUUCAAAACAGACAAAUAGGUUCUCUUUACCUAUGAACAGAAUACCAGAAAAAUUAGUUCCAAGACGGUUUACACCAACGACAAAAGUUCCUGAUACAAAAGGCUGUAGUAAGUGUUGUGUAGGAAGAAAUCCCUACAAUGGAUACAAGUACCUGUGUGGAGCUUUACCAACUGGUAUCAUACUCAUGCAGUGGUAUGAACCACUCAAUAAAUUUAUGUUGUUAAAGACAUUUGAUUUUGACGAAAUGCCACUGGAUUUAACGGUGUUUGAAAUGUUUAUCUCCCCUGAGUUGGAAUACCCAAUGAUUUGUACGGGUAUAAGGAGAGGACAAGAUAGAAACCAUGUACAGUUUGAUGUGAUAAAUUUGAAUUCUAAUUCCAGUUGGUUUAUGGAAUGUAAUGAAGGUGAAGCGUUACCUGUAGUUAAUGUUACCCAGUUAGAGAAAGAUACAAUUCUAGUCUGUUAUGAUAAAUUUGUUAAAGUUGUAAAUAUGUCGGGAAAGUUAAAGUCAAGUAGAAAACAAGCAGCAGAGUUACAUUUUGAUUCUACUGUGCAAUCAUUAGUAUGUUUACAAGACAGUGUGUUAGCCUUUCACAAGCAUGGGAUGCAAGGAAGAAGUUUUAAGGCCAAUGAGGUAACUCAAGAGAUCUGUGAUAAAAGUAGAACAUUUAGAUUGCUUGGUUCAGACAGGGUUAUUGUAUUACAGAGCAGACCAACAGACGAUCUUAAUGCAAAUUCCAAUCUAUAUGUACUGGCAGGACACGAAAAUAAUUUCUGAUUGUAUAAUUUAUUCCUUUUUGUUCAUAUACAUAUCUGUGUCAAUCACUUUUAUUGCUGCAAUUUUACUUUUGCCUGUAAUGAUGACAUUGACUCUAUUUUAUUGCUCACAGGAUUUUACAGUUCUAACCAGUAUAGUUAUUCAAUUCAAUUUUCAACUUUAGUUUCAGUUUUAUAGUCUGUUUACAAAUGAGGAAUAGUCAAGACUAUGAAAAUAUAUAAAGUUUAGCUAUGGAGGUUUUAAUAUGUUUAAGGGCAGUCCAUACAGUUUCAAGUAAUUUUGUCAUUUAAUUCAUUUAUAGAUAUAUUGUACAAAGAGAUUAAAUUUUAAAGAUUUGCAGAAUAAACCAAUAAAAUAACCCAUGCUAAAAAUUGAGGCUUAGAAUAAGGAUUUUUUUCGUAGUUUCUUGAAUCUUUAAAAUCUUUAUAAAUAAUUAUAAAAGGCAAUAACUAGUUUAGUUCAUGUGACAGCUUCCAAAUUGUCAACUCAUAUUUUAAAGGAAAAUCAUUUGAGCACAUUUAGAAUAGGUUGAUGAUUUAUCCUCCAAAAUCCAACAUGUCAUGCAAAAAAUCCAACAUGACAGAAUUCAAAAGUUUUCUCCAGGUAUAGCAUGUAAUAUAUAACUUGUAACUUAUUUGAUGCAUAAUUUUGUGCUAUGUAUUGUUUCUAAAAUUCAAUUUCGUAAUUAGACAUCAUGACGAACAAUCAUAAAAACUUGAAAACCCUGAACAUUUAUUGUUUAUCUCUUGUUGUCCAGUUAUCUCCCUAGAUUCUGUUACUAUUCCACUUUAUAUAAGUUGCUGAAAUCAUUAUUGUGUAUACUAUAUUAUUGAAUGAACUUGUACUGUUGAUUCAUUUAUUUUUCAUGGGUACUAGUUUUAGUAGAUUGAGGGAAAUCUGUAGUUUGGCUGAUAUUUGAUUUAAUGGUUUUGCCAAAGUCUGCAUACACACUUAUAAAAAAAUUCUACUUUACUGAUCAAUUAUAAAUUUGUUGGUUACAGCUACCCAUGAAAUCCACCAAAAUUGGUAUCCUACAAAUGAUAAUGAAUCCACAGUAUUGCAUAUUAAAUCCACCAUUUUUCAUCAUAAUUAUGUGAAUGUUUGUUCUUGCUCAAAGUGUAACAGACCUUAGUACUCAUUUAACAUUUUGUGACAUUUUUUAUGCUGCCUGGUACUUUCAUCGCAUAUUUUAAUUAGUUUACAAUUUAUAGAACUACACAAUGAAUGAUUAGUUAAAAUAUAGUUUGCCAUCAUAACCUGAUUUAAGGGAAGUUUAACCAUGGGAUCUGGAUAUCCUUUAAAAUAUAUCAGACUUUGUUUUUAUCAGUAUUAUGAAGAUAUUGAUUAGGAUUUUGAUGCCCAUAGACUUUUCAAGACAACAAACUGUACUUUUUUAUUUAUAUAAGUUCAGUUUAAACUACUAUGCUCUCUCAUUCACCUGUCACACAUUUUAAUUUGUUUCCAUCAUCACAUAUAUUUUAAUAUUGCUAGUCUCUAGAAUUUUCAUACAUUAAUAUAGGCACCUUUUUUCUGUCAAAAUCAAUGAAAAAAAGAAGAGUAGCGAACAUCUUUGUUAAUUGUUCAAUAUUAAAGCUUGGUUACAUCCUGUCAGGGACGUAUAUAGACGUCUAUUUAAGUCCUUGAUCCUGUCAAUGUUUUACUAGUUCAGAACUUGAUCUAUUAUUGUUACGGUAGUGUUAUAAUAUGAUAAGAUUUUAAUUUUAGACCUGUAAUAUAGUUUUUUGUUUGAUUAAAAAGAAUCAUGCUUUUGGCCCAUUUUUUUAAUCGUUAAUUUACCAUGUUUAGGAGUUAUUGCCCUUUAAAAAAAAAACAUAUUUUUUGCAGUAAUUUAUUAAUAAAGAGAUAGAUUGUUUAGAAAAAUGUUAACCCAAAUAAGUAAGUCAAAAUUGGUAAAUGAAAGAGUUAUUUCCCUUGCAAAAUGAUUUUUGUCCAUUUCUGCAAAAACCAUCUCCAGACUAGAGAGGAAUAUUAUAGUGAAUAGUGAAAAAGUUCAGCAAACAGAAACAAAUUGUUGAUUAUAUGCUAUGGAUUCAAAUUAAAUGUAGAAUAAUGUGCACACAUGACUUAGCUUAGUAUAUAUACAUGCAUUGGUUCAGUUCAUUUUCUCAACAUUAUUAUAAUUUGACUGGUUUCAAAUAACUAAUGAUUUGCACCUCUUUCUAUGGAAACAAACUGGGACUGUUGCAUCAGAUAUUUUUUUAAUUCUGCUCUUCUUUUAUAUCUACACACAUGACAUUGUAUCCUUGUUGUGCCAUACUUCAUAAAUUUUAUUGUAAAUAAUACCUUUAUCUGUUACUAUUCUGUAAGGUUAUAGUAAUUCUUUGUAAAUAAUAGCAACUUCCUAAUUACCAACAAAUACCAUUGCGUCGCAAAUGAUACUUAUGCCUGUAAAUGUACAAUUAAAUGUGUGGCAGAAUUUUUAUUCGGUUUAACGGAUCAAAGGUUUCCCCACACAGUGGUCAGUAGCUUAAGAAUUUUCUCAGCUUCAGAGGUGCAGGAAAAGUGGUAUUAAACAUUCCACUUAUUCACUUGGUUUUUUUUAUUCAGAUUUUCUUGCAUUGAUGGUAAUAAUUUCUCACUUUAAGAGGAUGAAACAAAACCUCAGAGCUUAUUUUUUCCUUAAAAAAGUAUUGGCUUAAAAUUGUAUAAUACCAUAAGCUGUUACAUAAAACCAUAGCAUCAUUAGAUAAAACCACAAUGAUUAUGUACAAUGUGUUAAUGUUUGACAAUCACACUGUCAAAUACCCAGUUUUCUACCUUGUCAUACCUCCUAUAAAGAUGAAUUGGAUGGCAAUCAUAGAAAUAGACAUCAAUCUGUAGGACUGCAGUUAUAUUUAAUCAGCAUUAUCACUGUUAAUCAGAGUCAUUAGAUUAUUGUUCAUGAAAAUUUUAUCAAUAUGUAAGCUAUAAAGAUGAUUACCCCUAAAAUAUACUAACAUGUAUGAUCGAUCGAUUGAUUGUUAUAUGUUUAAUGUCCAGUGUUAAUAUAUGACUUGAAAAAAAUGUUUCACAUAAAAACCAUAGACGUCUACAAUGUAUUGUGAUUGCAAAUAAAAAAAAAAACAUUUUCUUUCUGUUCAAUAUAAAAGUUGCUGAAGUUGAAACAUUGGUUUAAUUUUUCUUGCUAUUGGAUCCAAAUUCACAAUUCACCUUUAUUUUUAAAAGGCCAGUUUCUAGUUUAGUGUCCUCACAAACAACCUACUUGACUAUACCAAUGUUAUCAUCAAUGAUAUUUUUGUCAUUGUAGGUAUCAUUUGUCAAUCUGUUCAUUUGGUAUGUCAUACUUAGUAGUUCAAGAUUACCAUAGGAACUCAUAGUGCUGUAAAAAAAAUGGUCGUGCAGCUCUUGCCCAUAAACCACUAAAAUGUUCAUCGCUCAUAUACCACCAAAUUUUUUCUCAGCCAUUAACCUCUGAAGAAAUAAUCAUACAGCUUCUCCAUUAAUCUAUUCCUACAGAUCUCAAAUAUUGUUCACUGUUAUUAAAAUGUAUUGCCACAGUGCACACCUUAUAUGUGUAUGACAAAUGGGAUAAUUCGAAAUGGUCUUGUUUGUUCAGUAUUAUUAAUAGUAUUUAUCACUAUUUGUGUGUUUUUCCUUUCAUCUUUUUUUGUGAUAAUUUUUCAUUUCCACGCUUUUCGCUUUUUACAGAAAAAUUAUCGCUAGAAAAGAAGGGCACAUGUGCCGUGGUCAAUAUAAACAUCAACUAUGUCAUAGGCAAAACAGCGAUAAACAGAUUGUCAAUGUUAUUUCAUACUCUAUGAUGAUUAUCUGCCACAUCUCAUCUCAGGGUUGUCACCCUUUGAUGAGAUUGUAGCUGGAAAACAUCUUCUGCUCUCUAUCUAAUUACUGUUAUAGGACUAUGCUAGGAAAACUAACAGAAGCUUAAAGGGAAAAUACACAAUAAACAGAACAAAUUCCAAUUCUUGAUAAACAAAACUCGGAAAUUUGAAAGUAGUAUACUUUUCCUGAAAUUAGAAUAAUAUGUUUGGUUCAAUGAGUGUAUUGCUACUUUGUAAAUACUUGCGGCUUUUUUAAUUGUACAUGACAUUUCAGAAUUCAUUUCAUUUCAGUAAUAUUUUCACAAUGAAAUACUUCAUAUUUGCUUUACAAUUGAAAAUGGGUUGAUUUUCACAAAAUUGUUCCCAUCAGCUAAUUAUCAAUAUUUAUUUAACAUUUUUGAAACUCAAAACUUAUAACCCUUUCAUUUGAUCAUUUGCAGAUUGAUUUGUGAAAAUGACACUACUGAUUAAACAUGCCUCAAGGUUCUGAAAUAAAUCAAUGUUACUGACUUUGAACAGUUAUAAAUUUCCAAUUAGAAUAAUUUAAAUGGAUUUUAUUUGAUUAUUUUUUAUGUAACAAUGAAUGUGCAAUAUUUUGAGAGAUACAUAUUAUUAUAACAAUGAUUUAAUUUGUUUAUGGUUAACAUUUUACAUUGCAUGCUGUACUUAUGUAUCAUUUAUAUGAUUAAAAGUUCUCAUUUUAAAAACACUAAUAUUUCCAUGAAAGAAGGGGCACACAGCAAAAAAGGUGGCACUUAAGUUUUAAAAAAAAGGUGGCAGUGGAAGAGAUUAGUAGCAGACAUCUUCUUAGGAGAAAAAUAAAAUGACUGAAAACCCUUAAAAUAACAAACUAACUAUUUGUAGGAAAAAAGUUGUAAUGUUUUUACUAAUUUUUCAAAUGGGCAUUACCUGAGAAUAUAUGUAUGGAUAAAUAGAUGAACAAAUAGUGAUUGAAACACUACACACUGUACAGAAACAUUUUAUUUAUUUUAUUUUAUCUUUGUUUUUUUAAUGUCAAGUUUCUUAGGUUUUAAACAUCAGACUACAUGUACCUGGUACAUAGACAAAUAAUAACAAGAAUUAGCCAAUUUCUUUCAUGGAUCAUGCUGUUUAUUUGCACAAAUUCAUGACAUUUAUAAUCUAUUGAUAAUAAAAGAUGUGAACAUGAAACAUGUAUAAAUCUAAUAUUUAUUUAUCUCUUAAUCUAAUGGAAUAAUCCCUAACAUUUUUGUUAUGUACAUAACAUGUAUAAAUUGAAUGUGCACACAUUAUUACCAGCUUCCUGUUUUGAGAUAGUGCUUCUGUAAAUCAUUGCUAGAACGCAAAUGUCAGUAAUAUAACACACUGUCCUUACUCCUUCUGGGGGAGAAGUGUAGUAAAUCAUUGCUAGAACGUAAAUGUCAGUAAUAACACUGUCCUUACUCCUUUUGGGAGAGCAGUGAAGUAAAUGAUUGUUAGAAUGACACUAUAAGUAGCAACUCAACCCUUACUCCAUCUAGUGGCAGAGUAAGGUAAGAUGUAGUAUUUGUCUGCAAAAUUGUCAGAAUUAUAAAAAUUAUUGUUAAACAAAAUUCAUCCUUGUUCAAAUUGUAUAAACUUUUUCUUUUUUGUUCAUUGUUACUUGGCGAGUUGUAAUACCAAACAUUCUACAUGCCUGAAUGCAUAUGUCUGAUUUUCACAUUAAAACCAUUUACUUUAAAUGCACUUUU